GUAGAGAGGGAACUCUUUCCUCGUAGCACCAGACAGGCUUUCUGCUUUGCAGUCUACUGUCAGUGUGCACCACAGAUAAAGAAACAUCUGAGAGCAUUUUUAAAGGAUUUAUCAAUCCAAAGCACUCGUGAGCUAUGUGCUGUCUCCAGUGUCAGAGUUAGGAGGCUUUCAACAAGGGACAAUAUUUGCAGAAAGCGCAAGCCAGAGGCUCCAGCUGCUGCAAACUUUUGCAAGCCAUAAACCUGUGAAUUCUGAUUUCCUUGAAUGCUGUAAAUUAGCUCUGACGGAAUGGACAGCUCCAACAAAAAAACCCACACAAAUUUUCUGAGAAGACAUCAAAGGAACUAGAAAAAACAGCUUGACUUGUAGGUUCUCACCUGACUCAUGACUGACUCUCUGCUAAUGCAACACUAAAUUUAAGACACCUUUGUAUAUCAGAUCUGAGGAUGUUUGUGUUGCUGUACAUUACAAGUUUUGCCAUCUACACAAGCGAACAACCUCUUCAAAGCCAGACGAAAGGAGAAAAUUACUACACCAGAUAUAUCUGCAGCAUCCCGGGUUUGCCAGGCCCUGCCGGCCCCCCUGGAGCCAGCGGAUCCCCGGGGCCACACGGACGCAUUGGUCUUCCAGGAAGAGAUGGUAGAGAUGGCAGGAAGGGAGAAAAAGGUGAAAAAGGGAGCGCAGGUUUAAGAGGAAAGACUGGGCCAUUAGGACCAGCUGGAGAGAAAGGAGACCAAGGUCAGUCUGGUAAGAAAGGACCUGGAGGACUGACUGGUGCCAAAGGUGAAGUAGGUCCAGCUGGACCACCUGGACCUAAGGGAGAUAAAGGAGACCGAGGAGAGCCAGGUGCACCAGGGGUCUGCAGGUGUGGAAAGAUAGUGCUGAAAUCUGCCUUUUCUGUUGGCAUCACCACGAGCUACCCAGAGGAAAGACUACCAAUUGUAUUCAAUAAAGUCCUCUUCAAUGAGGGGGAGCAUUACAACCCGUCCACAGGAAAGUUCAUUUGUGCCAUCCCAGGGAUUUAUUAUUUUUCUUAUGAUAUCACCUUAGCAAACAAGCAUCUUGCAAUUGGGCUGGUUCACAAUGGCAAGUACCGGAUCAAGACUUUUGAUGCGAACACUGGCAACCACGACGUAGCUUCUGGAUCCACCGUGAUCUACCUUGAGCCAGAAGAUGAAGUAUGGCUUGAAAUCUUCUACACUGACCAAAACGGUCUCUUUUCCGAUCCAACAUGGGCAGACAGUUUAUUUUCUGGGUUUCUCUUAUAUGUUGAUACAGACUACCUUGAUGCUUUAUCAGAUGAAGAUGAGCUCUGAAGCAGAUGUCAAUUGACAUUCAAACUGGAGGCCCCAGCAUAGGAUUUUAUUCAUCUGUGUGGGGAAAACAAAGUUGAAAUGAAAAAAAAAAAUCUGUGUGUUCAUUCUUGUUUUGAUUGGAACCAAAUCUGAGCUUGUAAGGAUGUUCUAGAACCUAGGAUGGAUUUUUUUAACGAACAGCAGGGAUAUCAAAAUGAACUGUAAUUAACAAAAGACUGCAUCACUCCAGGAUUGACUCUUCCCGAAAAUUACAUUUAUAAUACUAUUUAAACAAAUUUAAGAUACUGUACAUUGGAUUUUAUAUAAAAUGUAUUAAUUUGCAAUUUAGA